AGUGCUAUAGAGACCGAUCUCUCGAAAGAACGGCCUAUUUGGCCUUUGUCGAGCUAUGGACCCGGCAAAGAUGCCCCUAGGCAGCUUUUUGGUGGCUUUCCAGUCGAGCAGAGUAUAGGCAAUCAAGCCCGAAGUAAUGCCUUUUCUACGGUAUCUUCAACGCCCGCAACCUUUGGUCAGAAUACAUCAACAUUUGGUCAACCUUCUGCUCCCACCCAGACGUCUGCAUUCGGACAACCAUCCGCGCCAGCGCAAAACACAGCUUUUGGUCGGCCAUCAGCACUUGGCUCUACACCAACUUUCGGCCAACCCUCUCAGCCAGUAUCUGCGUUUGGCCAGCCAUCAGCACCACUUGGGAAUAGCUCUGCUUUAGGGGGACAAUCAGCAUUUGGACAACCGUCAGCUCCAGGCUUUGGGCAGAAGUCUGCCUUCAGCCAGCCGUCACAACCUGCUUUCGGCCAGUCAGGCACAUCGUCGACAUUUGGACAACCCUCUCAGCCAGGACUAACGUCUGCAUUCGGCCAAGUCCCACAGCCAGGACCAACACCAGCAUUCGGACAGCCUGCCUUUGGGCAGCCAUCUACUCUUGGCCAAACACAAUCUCAAGGCUCAAAUUCAACGUUUGGUCAGGCAUCACAGCCAGGUUCGACAUCGACAUUUGGUCAGCCCUCGCAAUCCGGUUCAACACCGGCAUUUGGUCAACCAUCACAGCCGGGCGCAACAUCAGCCUUUGGUCAGCCUUCGCAGCCAGGAGCUGCAUCAGCAUUCGGGCAGCCCUCGCAGACAGCAGCCGCGCCAGCGUUUGGUCAGCCAUCAGCUUUUGGUAAACCAGCGUUCGGAACGCCAUCUCAGCCUGCGUCGUUUGGUGGACAACUAAAUACUGGCGGAAGUGCUUUUGGAAAG